UAAAUCAAAUUGUAAGCCACUGUCCUGAGAACGAAGUGCAGAAACCUGUAUUUCAAACAACAGCAGUUUAGGCUGUGUGAUCCUUCAAAAUAUAAAUCAUUACCCUUAUUGGCUCAGUAGUCUCAGUGCCACAUGUUGGAAAUCUGUUCCUCCUGCUUCAUUCUUCCCUUUCUUGCAGUGAGUUUUUCAGGGGUGAAAGUCUGGAAAAACUGUGAGAGGAAAAAAACAUGCCCAUAGCUGAGACUAUGUGUCUGUCUUCCUCUUUGUAUGAGAGAGAGUGAAAGAAGCAACGGCACACACAGCACAGCGGUUGGCAGCCUGCAGUAUUUCCUCAUCCUGACUGCUGUAUUGAGGCAGACAGCCGUUGCUCCUGACACUUCAGUUUCGCGCUCAGACUCUCUCUCCGUAAAGCUCAGCAAAGGACGAAUAUUUUGGUCAGUUGUGCUUCAGGGCACUCAGGCUGAGGGCAGGCUCCAGGACAGCAUCCAGUUCCAAACACGUGUAGUUAUCUGACACGCAGCCAUGAUGAAAGCGGGCGCCACCAAGGUGGGGCUGCCCAAGCCGGGGCUCCAGGAGCGGGCUAAGCAGGCCUCCUUGGCGCCCUCCUCCUCCUCUGCCACCUCUACAGCCAUGAAGACCUCCAGAUCCUCCAAUAUGCUGGCCUCAGACCAGCGCCUCAGCAGGCUGAAAAGAGCCAGCAGUGAUGAUGCCUUGACAAAGCCUGCACUGGGAGCUGCUGCCUCUGGCUCUAGGAUGAAGAAGACAGUGACUACUGGAGCCAUCUCAGAUCUGGCAGAGGCCCGCCCUCGCAAUCUGUCUGGUGCCCAAGCAGCCAAGAAGUCAGGUAUCCCAGCCCCAAGAGAAACCUCUUCAACCAUAACAAGAGACCGCAUCUCCCUGAGGGAUCAGCUGAGGAGCUCUACCAGCAAGAGGAUGGUUUCUAGUGCCAGCACAUCCAGCCUCUCUACCCUGGCAAAGCAGACACGUAGUACAGCUAAAUCUCGUGUAGAUAUAGAGGUCCAGGAAAAGGGCCUUCUGGAGUGUCAGGUGAAAGAGCUGCUGGCUGAGGCCAAGGCUAAAGACUUAGAGAUCAGCAAUCUCAGGAUGGAGUUGCAACGCUGCAAAGGUAAAGCCUCCACUGCUUCCUCAUCACCCUCACCUAACUCUGUCUCACGCCAAGAGCCUGCUGCAGAACAAGAGGAGGGACAGGUGGCGGAGGCCCUUGUGCUGGUUGGUGAGCUUAGGGAGAAGAACGGGAAGUUUCAGAGAGAGCUGGCAUCCCUCAGGGAGGAGAACCAGGGGCUGAAGGAAAAGCUGCUUUGUUUAGAGGAUUCCCCUCUUGCUAGUACAAACACCAACAGCCCCUCCAAGCUUUUGCUGAAUGGCCUGCCCUCAGUGUCCAACUCUUCAGCUCCACAACAGGACAGUCUCCACUCUACUGCCAGCCCUCUCAAAACCUCUGUCUCCUCCAGCUCUGAUGUCACCAAGGACUCACCUUCACCUGACUCUUCAGAGUUUGAGAAGAUCCCAUCACGUUCAGAAUCAAUAAGCAGCGGUGUCAGUGGUGAAGCUGUUGCAGAGGGGGCAGUAACCAGUGCAGGGGGGCAGAAUGUGUCAGUGCAGAGCCUAACAGAACAGAUUCACAAGAUGGAAGAGAGCCACCACAGCACGGCUGAGGAGCUGCAGGCAACUCUGCAGGAGCUGGCUGACCAGCAGCAAGUGGUGCAGGAGCUGACGGCUGAGAACGAACGUCUUGCUGAGGAGAAGCGCCUCCUGCAGACCUCACUUCAACAGCAGAGAGAGCGUCUGGAGAUGCUGGCCCAGAAGAAUGAGGCACUGGCUGGCCGACUUCAGGAGCAAGCCCAGGCUCAGGCUAAGAGAGAGGAGGAGCUGGGAAGCCAAGGGCCUCGGCUGGCCGAGCUGGAGCAGAGGUAUGCCGAGCUGGUUGAGAGCUCACGCUUCGAGCGGGAGAAGCUGGUGGACAUCCAGCAGCAGCUGACAGGCAGCCUGCGGGCUCUGGAGGAGGAACACCAGGAGGCCCAAGGCCAGGUGCGCUGCCUCAGAGAAGAGAUGGAAAGGCUGCAGGCCCAGCUGGACAGGGAGCUGGAAGCCGGAGGUCAGGCAGCACAGUCUGCGGAGGAGCAGAGGGCAACAGCAGACUGCCUCAGACUGGAAAAUAGUAGGCUCAAGGCGCAGGUGGACAUUGAGAGGCAAAAGGUGGGUGAGCUGAAGGCCAUGCAAAGUGCCAGUGACAGCACUGAGCUGCAGAGCUUACUGAAGACAGCCCACGCUGAGAGAGACAGGCUGGAGGUGGAGCUGACAGAGCUGAGGCAGGAGCUGCUACAGGCCCAGGCUGAGACUGAGCAUGUGCAAGCCAUGAUGUCCAAGGUGGAGGCCAAAUGCCAGCAGGUUCAGGAGCGGGCAGAGAGGAGGGAGCAGGAGCUCAACAACCGGGUGAGUUCCCUGGAAGAGGCCGGGAUCCAGACUGAGAACCAGGUGAAGGAGCUGAAGGAGACCAUCUUCGAACUGGAGGACCAGGUGGAGCAGCAGAGGGCCGUCAACCUCCACACCAACCAAGCCGUCCUCGACAUGGAGAAUCUUGUCAAAAAGCUGGAGGAGCAGAAAACUGAAGCAGAGCGACACCUGAAAGUUUUUAAUAGACAGAUGAAGGAUGAAAAAGAGGAGUGGCGCCGGUUCCAGGCGGAUCUCCAGACGGCAGUGGUGGUGGCCAACGACAUCAAAGUGGAAGCCCAACAGGAGCUGCGUACACUCAGGAGGCAGCUGCAGGAGGAGCAGGAUCGCAGUGCAAAGCUUUCCGCAGACCUAGAGGCCCUGCAGGGAGUCAGGUCCCAAGGUGAAGAGGUGAAAGUGUCCGACUCCGAUAACAGCCGUCACUGGUGCGGCAUCUCCAUGAUCCCGACCACACCCGCCGACGCCAGCGGAGAUGCCGACUCAGAGCCAGGAGCUACUGUCAAAUCCCUCAUUAAGUCCUUUGAUACUGUUGGACAAAAUGGACCAGGUCACACAGUUCAAAUGCAUUCCUCACCGAGAAGCCCGCUGAGUGGAAUCCCUGUACGCACAGCACCGGCUGCUGCGGUCUCUCCUAUCCAGAGACAGUCAUACAUAAAGCCCCUAUCAAAGACUUUGGAAAAAAGAAUCAAUCAUGGAGAAUUCUCUCAUCAUCAUGAUAAGUUGUCGGGCUGCGGAGAAGACAUGAAACCUGCCAGCCUUAUGAGGAAAAGCCCUUCCCUAGAGUCUGUUAUCAAAACUCCUUCCUCCCUCGGCAACCGCACGGCAUCCUUCAGCUACAACCGAGCCAACAGCAAGCUCAGUGUGGAAAGAAAGGACCCUUUGGCUGCACUGGCGCGGGAGUAUGGAGGAUCUAAGAGAAACGCUCUACUGAAGUGGUGCCAGAAGAAAACAGAAGGCUAUCCGAAUAUUGAUGUGACCAACUUCAGCAGCAGUUGGAGUGAUGGACUGGCUUUUUGUGCCCUCUUGCAUACAUAUCUGCCCGCCCACAUCCCCUACCAGGAACUCAUCAGUCAAGAUAAGGUCCGGAAUCUGACCCUGGCUUUCCAGGCGGCCGAGAGCAUUGGCAUCAAACCCUCCCUGGACAUCGAGGAGCUGAUGAAGACCGACAGGCCGGACUGGCAGAGCGUCAUGCAGUACGUCUCUCAGAUCUACAAGUACUUCGAGACCUGACCAGCGGAGGGAAGAGGAGACCGAUGAAGAUCGGAGGCACUGCAGCACUUUUCUGCCGCCGUCUGUCAGCACUACAUUCACCUUCCAGACAGACCGAAAGUUGCAAAUUCUACCUUCUCCCGCUCGCUGUUUGACACUAGAGACUCGACUCUGACGGACCGCUCUGCUCUGGAGAGCUUUCAAACGGUCACGGAGCUGCUGUUUUCUCAUUUCUCAUUAACAGGACACCACAGUCAGUGUCGUGGCCCAAAUUCAGCAACACUGCAGUCAGUGAGAACAUUGUCCUGUUUUCAUUUUUACAAACUCAAGGUGUCAGUGGAGCAUCUGAUUCACAGACAAAUGACAGCAGGUGAUAUUAGAUUAAUAUCAAGCCUUGUAGUGGCACGUAGCACAACAGCGUUUUGUUCAUCCCUUUAUAUUGACUUUGAAAGACUUUCUUUUGAAGAUAAUAUAAUGAUAUAAUCUAUUGAAAUGAGAGAUAUUUUUUGCAGACAUUCACAUUUUUCAGAUGUUUGUGCACUCAGUCCCCACGUCACUGUGCUUCCAACACUUUUCUAAAGGUUAUUUGCUAAUUAUCGGUGUUGUUUGUGAAUCAAAUGCUCUGUGGAAAUGUUCUGACCUUUGUGUCGUUUUGAACACGUGCCAAAUUUUUCUGCCAAAACACAAUCUAUACAAGACUAUCUAUGCAUGGUUAAAGUGUAACAUUCUGUCUGUGUGCUCAGUGUGACUGAAAAACAUGCAGUGAAUCAGAGUGAAUUCAACUUUUGGUAAAUUUUUGGCCCAUUUUACCUAAAUGUUGCUCAAUAGAAUCAAUCACUUCUCUUGCUGAGUUCUUCCUGUAAACGAGCUGGAGUGACAGGUUUGAGUUGAACUGAAGCUUUUAUAUUUUCCACUUCAAAUGUGUAGUAGAGAUUAGACAAACCCUCGCUGCCAUCUGUGACCAGACGCUAAAACAACUGAACACUGCGAGAGUUGCUGAAUAGUUUUGUAGAAAUAUUUUUUAUGAAAAGAGAUCUCUACGUUCGGCAAGCGUUAAGGAUCGGCUGAAUCAAAGCAUCGUACCGUGCCAUCCUGUGCCGUUUCUUCCCAUCAAGACUCUCAAACAACUGUGGUACUGCAGCUGCUUUGCUAAACAGAUAUCUAUAUUUCGCAUGCCAUGUUAAAUUAUGAAGGAGAGAAUAACUUUUACAUCUUAGAGUCGAGGCGCUACACGUUCUCUGUGGCGUGAUUUAGAGAAGCCUCCAUUUGCAGAUGCCCUUAUGUUUUGAAAGAUAAAAGUGUUAUUUAUUUAUUUACAAGAAAUGCAUCCUGAGAGGUGACAAUGUGCACAGAAACGUAUGCAGUUUUCUAUUUACGGAUGUCAGAUUUGGAGACCUGUUGGAUGAAUAUUGCUUAAUAAAGGAUUGUCAGGUUUUCUUUUU